UUUCGUUUACCAGCCAGCACUGGCUUUCAGGUAGAUAUCGGUUGUAUGACCGAUGGAGCGAGUAUAAAUGUGGCCAACAUAAUACCGUGAGCGAGUUUCCGCUGCAUAAGGCGUUUGCUAAUCAGCUAACUUGCCUAGCUCAGAUCUGAGCUGUGUUUCAGCUAGCUAGCCAGUGAGCGUCUACCAAUCUCACAGUCAGCCGGGUUUGGGAGUCGUCCUCAGGGUAUGGGAACUUGAAGAGAUUCGCAGGUCUGGCAUGAAGAACUUCAGAAACAUUCAAGUUGAGGAAUCAAACCUAUUGUCAUGGCAAGGGCUCAUUGUUCCUGACAACCCCCCUUAUGACAAAGGUGCGUUCAGGAUUGAAAUUAUUUUCCCCACGGAAUACCCUUUCAAGCCUCCGAAGAUCACAUUCAAGACAAAGAUCUAUCACCCCAACAUUGAUGAGAAGGGCCAGGUGUGCUUGCCUGUGAUCAGUGCAGAGAACUGGAAGCCUGCCACCAAAACUGACCAAGUAAUUCAGUCCCUCAUUGCGCUGGUGAAUGACCCCCAGCCGGAGCAUCCCCUGAGGGCAGACCUAGCAGAAGAAUACUCAAAGGACCGUAAAAAAUUCUUGAAGAACGCUGAAGAGUUUACAAAGAAACACGGCGAAAAGCGGCCAAUGGACUGAUCACCUGAUGACCGUGUAGCCCUCUCUCGGUCUCUUUCUCCCCCUUCCCUCUUAUUUCACCUGCCUGACCAAAUACCGAUCUUCAUCUCACCUCUCUGCUCUGUCCCACACCUUCCCACCUUCCUCGCUCACUCUCCUUCCCCCUUCUCCCCCACACCGGUCCCUGCAGCCCAGGAGCUGCCCAGCGGAAGCCAGGCAGCGGCAGCCUAGGCUGCCCUCCCCAUCCAGGACUCUCUGUGGAUCAGACAGCUUCCUCCCCCUCGUCUUCCUCCUUCUCCUCAUCCUACUCAGCCACAAAUAUCCAGACCAUUUCUAACUUUCUACUCUUUUCUUAAAGUGAAAAAUUGAAGAAGAAAUGCUAAGGCAACAUGAUGUUCAGCUCAAAGUUAGGUGGAAAAACUGUAAUGUGUUAAUUUUCUGUUGGUUUUUCCUCUAUACAAACAAGUCUUGUGUUGGAAAGAUUUCACUUAGACAUGAUUUUUCUGAAGUAUUUUAAUUUUUGCAGAGCAGGAAAAGUGGUUAGUUACUCUUUUCUUUUUCUUUGUUUUGCCUCAUUAUCAAUAAUUUUUUUAGCUAAAAAAUCAAACAUGACACAAGAGAACCUGUAGCUACGACCUGGAGGCGUGUGCUUACUGACAUGUUCCCUAAACUCCACUGCUUCUAGACUUGCACUGUACUCUGUGGAGCAAUCCACAGUUUGUAACCCACUGAGCAGAAACAUGCAAUGGCCAUACAUGAAUCAAAUUGUUAUUGCUGAAAAUGCUACAGAAGAUUCUUGAGUGUUAAAAGUAAAAACAAUUAGUUUCAAAACAGGCAGCUAUCAUCAGCGGGCCCUUAAAACAAAUUGAACAAUACUAUACAUUUUCUUUUCAGUUGCACUCUAAGACCAUGCUGUUAAGUGUUUUCUGCAUCACAAAUGGCUACUGUGACUUUCUUUUCCUUAUUAACUAUCAUUUUCUUUCUCCACCUUAAAAUGUUUUGCUUGGCACUUGCAAUAUUAAAUUGGUGGGAAUGUGGGAAGAACCUGUUCAGUUAAUUUGAACCUUUCACACAUCUCUCCUCUCCCACUAUUGGGCACCCCAGUAUAACCACCUAUCACAGCAGAAACAGAGCCAUUUACCACACUCAGACAUAUUUCAGCUUCCCAGCUGAAAGGGACCCAAGUUAUCUUGUUGUUUUUUAUUUUUUAAUUUUAUUUUAUUUUUUUUGGGGGGGGGGGGGCGCUGGGGACUGGAGACUGGAGAAGGAUGCACUCAGCUAGGAUGGAGCUCAGCUCCUGAAGGCGGUCCUAGAAACGAGUACCUUGAAGGCAGCUGGAGAGGGCUGGCUGUCCAGGGAUAUGUCAGGACAUAGGAAGGGACUGCAGAGGCCAAAAAUCCACCAUGUAACAGCUGUUUGAUCUGGUCCCAAUAUUGUUUCAUAAUAAAGAUGGCUAACCAUUUGGCCUCACUGUCUGCUGGAUGUUGAACAUGUUUAGCUUGUGGUAACUAAACAGGAGCAGAACUAAUACAAACCCAUCAAGAUGAUUUAAAAAUAAACUUGAAGUGAACAGAA